GCUAACUGCUGAGCCAUUCUCACGUGUGAUGAGGUCUAUAAAUACCCAACAUUUAUAUGUGUGAGUAUACAUAUAUAGAGCAGAGGACGCACUAAAGAGAAGCUUGUGUAGUGCUCAAGCAAGGGAAAAAAAAAAGAAAGAAAAGGGGUAUUCAGUUUAUUCUUGUGUUUUUCUUUGUAAAGUUUUAAGGAACAAAUAGACAAGAGAGGGAGGUGAGUGAGAUAUUCUUUGAUUUGAAAUAACCAAAGAAGAAAAAAAAAAGGAAUCAGUAUUAUAAAGUCUUAAGGGAAAGAAAUAAAGAUAGUAAAAAUAUAAUUUGGUGAGAUCAAUGGAGAUAGAGACAGAAAUGAAACAGUCCAGGUUUGGAAGAAUUUGUGUGUUUUGUGGGAGUAGCCAAGGGAAGAAAACUAGCUACCAAGAUGCUGCCAUUGAGCUUGGCAAAGAGCUGGUUUCAAGGAAUAUUGAUUUGGUUUAUGGAGGCGGUAGCAUUGGUCUGAUGGGCUUGGUUUCACAAGCGGUUCAUGAUGGUGGCAGGCAUGUUAUUGGAGUUAUUCCCAAGACGCUCAUGCCUCGAGAGUUAACUGGUGAAACGGUAGGAGAGGUGAAGGCAGUUGCAGACAUGCACCAAAGGAAGGCUGAGAUGGCUAGGCAUUCAGAUGCCUUUAUUGCCUUACCUGGUGGUUAUGGGACUCUUGAAGAGUUACUUGAAGUUAUAACAUGGGCUCAACUUGGAAUCCAUGAUAAACCGGUGGGACUGCUGAAUGUUGAUGGAUAUUACAACUCUUUGCUAUCGUUUAUCGAUAAGGCAGUGGAAGAAGGAUUCAUUAGUCCAAGUGCUCGUCACAUAAUUGUAUCAGCACCCACUGCAAGGGAGUUAGUGAAGAAUUUAGAGGAAUAUGUGCCCUGCCAUGAAAGUGUUGCUUCAAAGUUGAGCUGGGAAACAGAGCAGCUUGGCUACCCUCAAACAUAUGCUAUCUCUAGGUGAUAUAAGAAGGAAGGCUUGCCAGGGUUGAAUUCAAGUUGGGGUUUGGGAAGUUGGAGCAGUUAAUUUGGAGAAUUAUUAACUAUCAUGUGUUUGUGGGGAAUGGAGGGUUUUUCUUUUUUUCUUUUUUUUUUCUUCUCUUUUUCUUUUUUUCCCUUGUAAAUUACUGAAAUUAACCUACUACAAUAUGUGAAAGCUUCAACAUUCCCCUUUUGUGGAAGAACUUUGGUAUGUUUUUGAUAGUUGUAAGUACCAGAGAAUCAGAGAUUGCUGAAUUUAUCCCUGAAAAAAUGUCAACUAAUUUAUAACAGUUAUUAUCUACUUUCCUCUAA